GCGCAAGAUUGAAAGAAAAGAGAGAUAGAUGCCGCCGACGAUCCAACAAUGAGUUUCUGCUAGAUGAUGGCGUGGUGUAGAAGCUCCUCCUUCUCGAUUGACUGAUGGAUUGAUCUCACCGCCUUGCUGCGCUCUCUCUUUCUCCCUCUCGCUCUCACAGAAAUCUUUCGCUUUCUUUGAUGUUUUGUGGCUGAUUCAUGGCCGCUGCCGCAAGAAAUCCUCGAUUGAGUGGACCCAGGCCGCUAGAGAUCGAAUCAAUUGCGCCCGGCACCAGGCUUGCUUCCAGAUUCAUCCACCAGUCGAUCGAUUGAUCGCUCGUUCUUCAAAUACUCGCCUCCUUCCCCGCUACCAGGGAGUAGACGAGCAUCGCAAGAAAGAACAGGGGACCCUCCCAUCGCUGUUCUUGCCGAUAUUCUUUCUUUCUUGUUCUUGUUCUUGGAGUUCUUGGUGCUCAAUCCGGGCGCGUUCUAGAGGGUUUUUUCUUUUUCCUUGCGACAAAGACAAGGAAGAAUCGGUGACAUUCCAACAACCAAGCUGGAAAUCCCGGCGGUCGACGGCGUCGGCUCCAGGCCGUGGGCGGGCUACAUGAAGCAGCUGAGAUUGAAAGCCCAGAGCCGGCUCUUCGGCAAGAUCGAUCCCGCCAGCUCCGCGGAUUUCUCCUACGUCGAUCCUCCUCCACCACCUCCAAACUUCGCGGCCGCCAGCUCCUCCGCGAACUACAAUUCCUCGACGCUCUCGGCGGUGCUGGAGAGCGAUCGCCAUGAGAGAAAGGAGGAGGAAGAACAGGGAGAAGGAGAGAUCCAUCGCCAGAAUCAAAGCCACCAGCGGCACGAGAGUAUGUGCAACUUGCUCGACUACGAAGAACACAUCAUGCGGCGGAGAGAUCAAAUGGAUCUCCGGCAAGAGAUCGAGCUCAAAGAUGGCGACCAAGAUCAGCUUCCGGUCAUCGCUCUCAUGCUCACCACGCUCCGCCGCUCGCUUCUCACUUGCGCCACUAUUGACGAUCACGAAGGUGGCGGCUCCGGCAAUGGAAUGGACAUAAGCUGGCCGACCAACGUGAGGCAUGUCACGCACGUCACCUUUGAUCGAUUCAAUGGUUUUCUCGGACUUCCCGUGGAGUUCGAGGUGGAAAUCCCGAGACGAGCUCCCAGCGCCAGUGCGAAUGUUUUCGGUGUUUCUCCCGAGUCCAUGCAGUGCUCGUACGAUUCCAGGGGCAAUAGUGUACCGACCAUUCUGCUCCGGAUGCAAGAUCGGCUUUACAGUCUCGGUGGACUCAAGGCCGAAGGCAUCUUCCGCAUAAAUGCUGAGAACAGCCAUGAAGAGCAUGUGCGUGAGCAACUCAACAAGGGCAUCGUACCAUUUCAUAUUGAUCUCCACUGCCUAGCUGGUCUCAUCAAGGCUUGGUUCCGAGAGCUUCCGACUGGCGUUCUCGACACACUCUCGCCGGAGCAAGUGAUGCAGUGCCACACCGAGGAGCAGUGCGUUGCGGUGGUCAAGCUGCUCCCACCCAUGCAAGCAGCACUUCUCGACUGGGCCAUCAAUCUCAUGGCCGACGUCGCGCAGGAGGAGGCUUUCAACAAGAUGAACGCUCGCAACGUUGGAAUGGUCUUCGCACCAAACAUGACACAGAUGGCAGAUCCGUUGACAGCGCUCAUGCACGCCGUCCAAGUGAUGAAUCUCCUCAAAACGUUGAUCCUCCGGACGAUUCGAGACAGGCAGGAGGUUCUGCUGGAAUCGGGGCCUCCUCUCUCGCUCCAGCCGCCCCCUCGCCGAGACGCCACCAGCGAGUCGAGGGUGGUGGCGAGCUUGAAUCCCGCGAACUCCAACUUAAACUCGAGCUCAAACGCCAGGGGCCGCGAAGAUCACUACGAUGACUACUCCCACUGCGCGAGGUCCCACUCCAAGCAGUCCAGCAUCUCCAAAGCUCGCGGAGGUAGCCUCGUCAAUAGAAUCGAUCAACACGUCGAGAGAGUCGAGGCCUGGUAAGAACAAACAGCAAACGAAUGAACGCUACAAAAGAAGAGACGAACGAACCUUCUCUUCCGGACGAAUAAAAGCUCCCACCAUUCGUGGGAAGCACCAUACAGGUUUUUCAUUUUUUUCUCCUUCUUCGUUUUUUGGCACCUAGCACUGCAAAAGAAAAAAAUAAGUAAAAAAGAUUGUCGUUUUUGACAGGAUCAACAAAAAGCUUACUUGUUUAA